ACAGUGUUUUUUUUUCGAGUUUGGGAAAAGUAUUUCGCAAUAUUAUUUAAUUGGUUUUGAGUUAUUGACCACGUUGGAAAGAUAAAAUUAAUCUGUAAUCAUGAGUCCUAAAACGGAUAUAGUAAUUAAACCAAAAAUAGUGCGGGUUUAUGAAUUGGAUGAAUUCGAAAAAUUGCUGAAAGGAAUGAAGGUUGCAGCAUGUAUGAUCACAGAGCCCUACCAAAUUGUUGAUGAGGAAAGUGUAAUGCGUAGAUUGAGUGCGCUUACACUCAAUGGUCCGUCAGACGGUAACGCCUGUUCUUGCUGUGGCGUUGGCCCAUUCGAGACGAGAGCUCAGCAGAUAGCUCAUUAUAAGCACCACUGGCACACACAUAAUUUGAAGAGGAAACUAUUUGGCAAGGCGCCCCUAACGCUCGGCCAAUUUAAUUCUAAAAAAGAAGAAGACGAAGACCUCAACGUGUCGGGAAGUGACUCGGAAGCAGACGAGAGUGCGACCAAACCGGCCAGUGACCUGUUCGCAGCUGCCACGAGACAUUGCAAAGCUUUCUUCACCAACAAGAUUGGACAAGUUUUCUGCGUGUACAGAUGCAUACUGCAUCACAAAAAGGAAGAGCCGUGUGUAGACGGUCACGGCUGCCAAUGGAUAGCGCGCGUCCAAAAGCUGGUUCUCCCAGUAUUCCAGCGGUGGGCGGUCCUAAUGGUCUCCGGGGGCCAUUUCGCGGGGGCCAUCUUCUCCGGCAGCAUUCCCGUGGUGCACAAGACCCACCACUCGUAUGUGACCCGCAGGGGCCAAGGCCAGGCCCAGGUGUCGAGGGACCAACACGGGAACGCGCCUAAGUCAGCUGGAGCUAAUUUGAGGAGAAAAUUGCAAGCACAGUUUUUACAGACCGUUCAAGACAUCAUAGCUGGCUGGGCAGAAGACCUCAUAGGAUGCGAACUCAUCCUAUACCGGGCGGUGGGGUCACUGAACCAGGCAGCUCUGUUCGGCAAGAACUCACCGCUGAAGAAAGACGAUAUGAGAGUGAGGAUUCUGCCGUUCCCGACUAAGAAGCCAUCGUAUAAAGAAGUUAAGAGGGUGCACGAAACUGUUGCCAGCGUUGAAGUCUAUGAAUCGAUGGAGCUAUUCCAGAAAGCCCUGAUAACGUCCACAGCAAGGCCAGUGAGCAAAUCGGGUUCUGACACGAGUGUGCAGAGCAAAAAGCCUGCCAAAGCCAGCCCCAACAAGCCUGUGGAUAGAGCCAAAUCGAGAGAACGCACGCCACGCGAGCUGCCCACCCAAAUGCUCUCAAGCGAAGACGAAGGCCCAUGUUACAUCGACUCCGAAACCCCAGCUGGCUGGAUCAAGACCCUCUCCGAGCAGAGUUCCAACGGGGUCAUAACUAACUCCAGAAAAGACCUCCUAAAUGACAACCCAGUGCCUUGCCCGGAUUCAGAUAGCGAAGAAGAUGUUAUAGAUAAGAAAGAAGCGAAGAAAAAGAGAAAAAAAGAGAGGAAGCAAGAGGAGAAACAGCAACCGGUUAAGGUGCAGCAGAAGAUCCCGACUAAUGUCAAAAAGAUGUGGAAGUUGAUAUCUGGCAACGAGGUGACAUCGCUGGAAACUAUCUUUGAAGGCUGGGAGAGCGCGGAGUUAGAAGCGGCGUGCAACACCCAAGACCCUAAUGAUGGCAACACUGCGCUACAUAAAGCUGCCAUUGCAGAAAAACCUGAUAUGGUUACACAAAUCCUGACUGCUGGUGGUGACCCCUGCAUUCGCAACCAUCAGUUACAAACGCCCUACGCAGCCACGCCGCAUAGCGACACCAGGAUCGCGUUCAGGAUGUUCCAGGGACAGUUCCCGGAUAAAUACAACUAUUCUAAGGCACACAUCCCCGGCCCAGUGACGCCCGAACUUCUAGAGCUAGAGAAAGAGAAGAAAGCGCAGCAGAAGCGAGCGAAGCGGCAGCGUGAAAAAGAGAAGCAAAUUGAGAAGAUCAAGACCAACCAGUUCUUGCUCAUGACUGACGCGGAAAAGGUAAAAGCAGCCGAAAAGCGAUGCUUCCUCUGCGGUUCAUCCUUACCCAAGCGUCCCUUCGAGUACGAACGCUAUACAUUCUGCUCCAUACGCUGCCUUCAAAACCAUCGGAACCUACGACCUUUACACAUGAGUGCCUGAUAAAAGUGGUGUCAUACAUGGUAUGACAUUAAUUUGACGUGACUUGUCAUAAUAAAUUAAGAAACGUGUAGUGUAGACUAGAAACACGUAUGUGAAGACAAUUACGUUAUACAUUUCCUAUUUUAAAUAUAACCCUUUAAAAAUUUUACUCGUGAUAUUUAAAAAAAAAAUCUUAGCCGAAUAUCCUUUGCGUAAGUGUAUGUAUUUUGAAAACGUUUUUUCGCUGUUUUUCUUUAAAAUGCUUGUUUGUAUCAAAAUUAACGCUGUUCUUUAUUUAUGGCCAGAUCUGGGAUAUUAGUCACAAGGUGACCUCCCCAUUGAAUUUCUUGUCUAUCAUUUGACAUCGUCAUUCUAACAGCCUGGGCAGUAGCUACUAUUAUUUUGACCACACAGUUCGGAAUGUUUACCGUUAUAAUAAUCCAGAUUUAUUAUAUUAAUAAUUUGUAAUGAAUGACUGUGAUAAGGAAGGACUGUCGCGAUAUUGGAAGGAUUUUGUCAAGGAUUUGGUAAAUACUUUUAGUCAAGAAGAUUCAAGCCUGUCAUUUGUCUAAUUUUUAACCAAUCUCAGGCUAGUUUGUACGAGUUUUAGGAGUCGCCUGUAGUCGCAACUAACUUAUGAAUUAUGGUGUAUCAUAAACUCAUAAAAAGCAUUGAUUCUCAGUGAUUACGUUUAUAAAGAACAUUUUUACAUGUCCCAACAUCAAAUAAAAUAAUACAAUAAACUGGGACAGAGCUGAGAAGCAGUGCAAGAAACUCGGCGACUAUCAACUACUGUAUUUUUACUACAUUCGCAUCCUAUACGUGUAGGUGUUUUUCACAAGGCUUUUUCCAAGUAAUAUUUCAUCACGUAAUACGUUUUCAUGCAAAUUUCCGUAGAAAUCAAGUAUCAUAGGAAUCCUACUAAUAUUAUAAAUGCGAAAGUUUGUGUGGAUGUCCAGUUGUCCAGACAUCAAACAUCCAGAUGUUUGUUACUCUUUCACGCAAAAACUACAGAGCAGUCGAUUUUUAAUUAAAGUUCGCUCAUCAUAUUGUUACUCUUUCACGCAAAAACUACCGAACGGAUUUUGAUGAAACUUUAUAGUAUUAUUGUUUGUAACCCAGAUUAACAUAUAGGCUAUAAUUUAUACCGAUCUGUGAUACUAAAUUUUACACGGGUGAAGCCGCGGGCAAAAGCUAGUACUUUAUAGUACUGAGAUAUUCGACGCGUGUAUUUUAUCCAAUUUAGAUCAAAAACAUGCCAGAUCGAAUGCCAGUGCCUCAAGGAAAAAGGUGCCAGGAUAUAGAAUCACUACCGUGUAUGUGAAUACUAUUUCUAAGAAUCGGAAAAAGGAAUUUGAUGCUUAUUUCCCAAACGAGAGAAAGGAAUGCGUGAAAGGAGCUAGUCCCUCGAUCAUAAGAUCAACGCCACCUAUUUCAAAACACCAAACGUUGCUAAAUUAUGUUUCAAUUAAGUUUCCGUAAAUCUAGAAUAAAUUAUGAAAUUCAUUUUAGAAGAAUACUUACAUAUUCUUUUUAUUUAUUAUACACAUAAAAUUGAACCAAUAGAAAUGUGUCAAAUAAUAAUGUUUUAUGUCGUGUUUGUCUCAUCAAAAGUACAAUUUGUUUUACCCCGUGUCUGUAAUAUAGAAUUUGUUUAUUUAAUAAUUAUGUAAUUAUUUUU